AUGACGCCGCUUCCCUCCACGGACGCGUUCGAGCUUGCGUGGGCAUCCUCCAUCCCAGAGGCACUACGCACCUUUCAAGCAUCGUGUCGUAUCGAAGGCGGUCCCGCGCCGCAACAGCAGGCGCCCCCCGGUUCAAGUUCUCGAGCCUCGCCUCCAACCUACCUCUGCACCCCUGCGAUCGCCCCUGCCUACGCCAGCCCGAACGACCCAGACAACCCUCGCUGUAUCCAGGCUAUUCGAGGCGAUGAAGGUUGCACCGCUCUCGGCGCUCGCCAAGUACGGUGGGAGAUGCCCUGCCUGCACGCGCAUAGCUUCGACUCUCCGGCGUCCACUAAACGAGCGUUGAACGAGUAUGCGCAACAUCACGGUUACGGACUAGUUACCACUAGUACUUAUCGCGAUAAUGAAACGAACGCACUAUAUUCCGCCACCCGCCGUGCGCAGGCGCAAUGCAGCGUCGCGGAAUUGCAACUGCCAAAUGAAAGUCUGUGUGGUGCGCGUAAGUGGCGACUCGUGCACAACCACCCUCCAUCCAACCACGCGGCGUCGCAUCCUGUCCAUCGUCGCAAUGCGAUGACGUCGGUGUUGCGUGUGGCUAUUGCUACCGACAGUGAUACUGGCACCCGAGCAGCUCAGACCCUCGCGCGAAUCUAUCAAGAGACUCCAGAAGCGCCUAUUAUCGCCCGUGACAUCUACAACGAGCGAUCCAGGGCCGUAACGGCCGCUCUCGGUAGUAGCAUUCGUGUCGAGCACCUACUGAUGUUGCUGAGCCGCGGCCAUUUCUACGUGGCGCAACAGGUCGACACCUCUAGAAGACUGACGCACCUGCUCUUUGCUCACAAGGAACGGGAUGAACACGACCCUGCAUGUGGCUCAAGCGUUCAUGCGAGGCGAGAAGAAGAACGAUUACUGCUGGGCUCUGAGGCAGCUAAGGACGAUGUGUGCGAGAAUGGCGUUGAAACCCCUGCCGUCGUGUUCGUCGACCGAGACCUGGCACUGCUCAACGCGUUAGAGCAGGUCUUUCCGGACGUCCCGGUGCUGCUGUGCCUCUGGCAUGUGGUUAAGGACGUACAGACCCACGCGCGCAAACAUGCAUCCCCCCCCCCGCUCUCGACGUCGGAAACUCAAGACCCCGGGCGCCGAAUAGCUACAUCCCGCGUCGAAGGCUACCAUGCCACGCUCAAGGGGUGGGUCGGUUCGAGCAGUGCAGACCUGCUCACGAUUCACAAGCGUCUGUGUCACGGGUGGACACAAUCGAUCACCAAGUAUCGGGUGGCCAAGUCCGACGCAGAAAUCAAGGUAGUCACGAGACUUCGAGGUGAGCGGUUCGCACAGGUGGUGACGAAGAUCCACCGCUACGCUCUUCUCAAGACUUUAGGCACGUACAUGCAGGCACAAACACUUCUCCAGCCAUCACUUUCAUCGCCAUUGGUGCACCGCGGGUCGGCACCAGAACGGGCCGCUGCUCCCGUACUCGAGCCGGAGUGCAUCCAGGACCGAAGAAAGCAGCGAGCCGCAGCCAGAGCCGCCCUCCGAAAACACCUCAGUGGUAGCGGUGUCAACGGUACGCGGCGUAUUCCCUCCGCGUUUGAAGUCUCUAUCCAACCCAACCUCGAGUCAGUCACGCAAACCGUUCACCAUUACUAUUAA